AAUUGAAGGGUUGCUGACCCUAUCAGUGCGCUAAAUCAACUUGGGGACUCACAACGAUUUCAAACGCAAUUUAAGUUUCCAGCCGAUCUUGGCGUUAGAGAUGUAUUUCCUAGCAGCCAUUAUUUUUGCCAUAACCUCGCUGCCAUCAACAGAUGCGUUUUGCGAGCGUCUAUAUAAAAAUCCCUUCUGGAGCCCUAAAAGUUUAGCACAGAGAGCUCUCGACGCAGACAUUGUUGUUUAUGGCAAAAUUGCCGAAAGUCCAUGCGUAAAACCAAUCUUCAAGUUUGUGAACACAACAAAUCUACCGACUCUCUCAACCAACGCCACAAAUUCUUCCAGCAGUGUUCAAUUGACACUUCCCAGCAACACCAGCAACAUUGAUAUGCGCAACUCCACCGAUGAAAACGCGACAGAUAUUUGUUUGAGGCGCGAGUUUUACAAUGUGACGAUGAAUGUUUCCUGUGUCAUCAAAGGAGGAGCUGUUCCUUCUGUCAUUCAUCUGCGUUCAUUCGGGUUCGGUCCAAACAAGUGCACAUACUUCACAAGAGGUUUUACCUAUUACGAAACAGUCCAGUCAUUCCAUGUGUACAAAGGACAAAACUACCUCGUCUUUCUUGGGAGGUAAGUGGAAGAGUUGCUCUAAAAAAAGCUUUUGCUUCGUGAACGAAAAAAAAAGGCGCUAAGAACAUCUGAUUACACACAAAAUCCCAGAGGAAAGUUGCAUAACACUGUCUCAGAAGUCAGUCAAUUUUUGUCCCAAGCUCGUAAGAAAGUCUCUCUUGAUUUUCUUUCACUUUUCCCUUCUAUAUAUUUCGCUUCUACAAGGGAAAAGGUAGUUUUUUGAGAUAUUGGCCGAAGAGACCUUCUCUAAAGAAAUGUCUUGUUCUCAGAGUACUUUUGUCUAGUACAGUUUUAAUCUCAGCCAAUGAAAUAUUUUAGACAAGCUUCAGAAUAUUCACCUUUGAUAAAUUCCUUUAAAAAGGGUUGUGUCAACCUCUUUUCUCCUGCCUUAGGUAGUUUGCAAAUAAAUUCUUCAAUCAAAUAUAAUCGCAAUAAACUGUUGCCAAAGUAUUCAUUAGAUUACAUCUUAAACAUCGGCACUUAGCUGUAGUUUUCAAUGAAGAAGAUAUUCCACCUGCCAGACUUAUGAAUCAUUAACAAACUUGCCUUGAUUGCAAUUUUAGACAAGAAUAAUGCAGUGACGAUGAAUAUGAACGGCGAUGCUUGCUCGUUUUGAACCGGUGGGCGAUGUGAGCGCGCGAGAGGUCCACAAGUGUUCCGGCACGAAAAUGUCAGACUCUUGUACGCUCACAAUGAAAAAGUUUUUACUUAAACCUCAUUGAUAUUCCCCCUUCCCAUCACCCCACAUAUUGAUUUUUUCCCUGUUUUCGCACUUUAAUUCGAAGUAUGAAUAUAAGUGCGUAAAUUUCAAGAGCACUACGUAUCCUUUUAUCUCUUUCAGGCGCAAAGGCAAUGGUGAUUCAAACAGUUUUUGGCCACGUGAAAUCAAUCUACAAUCAGCAUCCACGGAAAUUAUAAAUGAGAAGUAUCUAAAGCCUGUUUUCGCGGCAGUUGGCGGUCAUGCGCACAGCCCUGAGGGAGUGGAUGAGACUCACAGCAUUUGUGUACCGUAUAUUGGCGGUGCACCGUCACACUACAUAAAACAUUCGUUUCUAUUGAUAGUGCUUGCCUGUGGAAUUUUUUUGAUUUAGGCCGAAUAAUGUAUUGUUUCCGGCGAAAUGUGUGUUUUUCCAUGGGCCACUGAAAGUUUCUGCGAAUGACCCUUUACUCUUUCUAGGCAAUCAGGGCGAGAAUAGGCAACUGUUUAUAGCAAAUUUACCAUUAAAUGCUAGUAAAGAACUUCGUUUGUUUAAGGUGCAAGAGUCCCAAAUUGACUGUUUGUGAUAAUAUGAAAAUCUUUCUCUUUUUAGCGUGACUAACAAGACCAUCCAGUGUUGCUUUUCUAGACAAGGCUGAAAUUUAAAAUUUGUCUUCCAAUCAAAAGUUUAAGACUAUUAAAAGUGACCCGUCGUAGGCAUCUAUGAAGUAGAGUCUACUUUGAAAACGCAGGGUCUAAAGUAGAAGCUAUUUUUGCCAAUUACUGCCAUAGACAUUUUGAAUAUGAAAUUUAUCAACUGUUUAUCAGAUCUCAGACAUCAAAAGUUCAUGUACGCAC